AUGCCUCGAUUGUUCGCCUCCCUGCUGCUCCUCGCCGCCGCCCUGGCGGCCGAGACCAACAGCGUUCCACAGGAAUUCUUGGCAGUCGCUGCAGACAAGGGCAACGACAAGCCGCACGAGGCCUGGGAGUCGCCCCCGGAGCCCCCUGUGGCUGUGGCAUCCGAGAAGGUGAAGGAGAUUGAGCUGGCCGAGAAUCCGUACGUCGCUACGAGCACCACUGCCGAGGGCCUCGCGCUAAUCUUCAUGAUGGUGUCCUGCGUCAUCUGCUACCUGGAGUGCUGCAAGUGA